UGUUUGGCCCCAAUACCCCUCUUUCCUUGAUGACAGAGUAUUCAUUGCUUAGCAACCUUUUAUCCCUUUUUAUAGCUGAAUAUUUUAUUUCUUAUUCAAUCUACACAAAUUCCAAUACUACUAUACCAAUCACUUGUACACAUGGAGAGAGCAUAUUCGUUCUUUCUUUCUGCAAUUGUCUUGCAAUUCUAUUUCUUAGAGACAUGCAUUAGCAAAAAUAUAAACACAGAUCGAUCAGCUCUUCUAGCCUUCAAAGCCAGCUUUACUCUAAACUCUUCUCAUCCCAUAACCCAAAAUUGGUCAUCUCAAGCUUCAGUUUGCCAUUGGAUUGGAGUCACUUGCGACUCUCACCACCGUAGGGUGACUGCACUACAUGUAUCCAACAUGGACAUUCAUGGGUUCAUUCCGUCACAGUUGGGAAACCUCUCGUUUCUUGUUUCUCUCGAUGUGAGCAGAAAUAAUUUACAUGGAGACCUCCCUCAAGAUUUGUCUCCUUUAAGUCUAUUAAAGGUGAUGAAUCUCGGGUAUAAUAAUUUCAGUGGAGAGAUUCCAAUGUGGCUCGGUUUCUGUUCUAAGCUUCAAAUGUUAAUUCUUGAUAACAACAGUUUCUCAGGUGUUAUACCAAGAGAGAUUGGCAAUCUUCACAAAUUGGAGAAACUAUUCAUGCAAUACAAUAAAUUAAGUGGUUCUAUACCGGAAGACCUCUUCAAUAUCUCUACACUAGGAGUGAUGACACUUGCUUUCAAUAACCUUUCAGGUGGUCUUCCAUCUGCUCCAGGCUAUUGGCCAACAAACCUAAGGGAUUUGGAUCUUAGUGGAAACAACAUUGGUGGAGUUAUACCAAGCUCAAUCUCCAAUUCCUCAAAUCUAAACACAUUAUAUCUCAAUGAUAACAAAUUGAGUGGCAAAAUUCCUAACUCGUUGGGGGAUUUGAGACAACUUGAAUAUUUGGAUUUGUCGCACAAUAAUUUAACAGGCUGCUGGCCAACAAACCUAGGGUAUUUGGAUCUUAGUGGAAACAACAUUGGUGGAGUAAUACCAAGCUCAAUCUCCAAUUCCUCAAAUAUAAACACAUUAUAUCUCAAUGAUAACAAAUUGAGUGGCAAAAUUCCUAACUCGUUGGGGGAUUUGAGACAGCUUGAAUAUUUGGAUUUGUCGCACAAUAAUUUAACAGGUGGUCUUCCAUCUGCUCCAGGCUGCUGGCCAACAAACCUAAGGUAUUUGGAUCUUAGUGGAAACAACAUUGGUGGAGUCAUACCAAGCUCAAUCUCCAAUUCCUCAAAUCUAAAGACAUUAUCUCUCAAUGAUAACAAAUUGAGUGGCAAAAUUCCUAACUCGUUAGGGGAUUUGAGACAGCUUGAAUAUUUGGAUUUGUCGUACAAUAAUUUAACAGGUAGUCUUCCAUCUGCACCAGGCCACUGGCCAACAAACGUAGGGUAUUUGGAUCUUGGUGGAAACAACAUUGGUGGAGUCAUACCAAGCUCAAUCUCCAAUUCCUCAAAUCUAAAGACAUUAUCUCUCAAUGAUAACAAAUUGAUUGGCAAAAUUCCGAAUUGGUUGGGGGGUUUGAGACAGCUUGAAUAUUUGAAUUUGGGGGACAACAAUUUAACAGGUGUUAUACCUAAAGAGAUGGGGAAUCUUUACAAAUUAGAGAUACUAUUUAUGGGUGAUAAUAAAUUAAGUGGUUCCAUACCGAAAGAGCUCUUCAACAUCUCCACGCUAAGACUGAUGUCACUUGCUUUCAAUAACCUUUCGGGUAGUCUUCCAUCUGCUCCAGGCUACUGGCCGACAAAGCUAGAGUUUUUGAAUCUCGGUGCAAACAAAAUUGGUGGAGUUAUACCAAGCUCAAUCUCCAAUUUUUCAAAUCUAAAGGAACUAAAUCUUUACGAAAACAAAUUGAGUGGCCCAAUUCCUAACUCAUUGGGAGAUUUGAGACAGCUUGAAGAUCUGAAUUUGUUCAAUAAUAACUUAUCAUCUCCGCAUCUGAGUAUCUUAACUUCAUUGGUAAACUGCAGAUCUUUAACAGUUGUAGGAUUAGGGGAUAAUCCUCUUAAUGGUGUUCUUCCAGAUUCCAUUGGCAAUCUCUCCACUUCUCUUGAUUGGUUGUAUUUAUAUCGUUCUGAAAUUAGGGGUCAGAUACCGCUAGGAAUUGGGAAUUUAAGUAACUUAAUCAUUUUAUCCCUAUACGGCAAUGACCUGACUGGAACAAUGCCACGAAAAUUAUGUAAUUUACAUAAUCUUCAAAAUUUAGACCUUUCUCAGAAUGGGUUAAGUGGACCCUUGUCGGAGUGCCUCUGCAGAUUGCCGAAGUUGGGCAUGGUUUAUUUGUAUUAUAAUCAAAUUUCAGGUCAGAUACCGUACUGCAUCGGUAACGUUACCUCUUUGAGAUAUAUUUAUCUAGAUUCAAAUAGGCUCACCAACAUACCCAUGAGUCUGUGGAGCCUCAAAGAUAUUUUGGCGCUCGACUUGUCAAAUAAUUCUUUGGUUGGUUCAUUGCCUCCUGAUUUCGGUAACUUGAAUCACAUAACAAUCAUAGAUUUGUCAAGGAAUCACCUUUCAGGAAGUAUUCCCUCCACAGUUGGAGACUUGCAGACUCUUGUUUAUCUUUAUUUGGCUUAUAAUGAGUUGCAAGGAUCUAUUCCGGAGUCACUCGGAAAAAUGAUAAAUUUGGAAUCAGCGGAUCUAUCCAAUAACAUUCUUUCAGGUACGAUUCCAAAAUCACUAGAGUCACUUCGAUAUCUAAAGGAUUUCAAUGUAUCAUUCAAUAGAUUAGAAGGUGAAAUCCCCAGUAAAGGACCUUUUCUUAAUUUCACCUCUCAAUCUUAUAUGGGAAAUGAGGAGUUAUGCGGCGAUUUGCUUUUCCGGCAUUGUAUGACUAAGUCUUUUCAUCAGUCAAUUAGAAGCAAAUUGCUUCUGAUUAUAAUUGUCCCAUUGGUAGCUGCACUAACAUUACUUGGCUCAAUCGCCAUGUUUAUGUUAAGGAGACGUGGGAAUAGAAAUGUUUCAACUCAAGCCGUAUCCUUACCUUCAAGAACAACACUAGCAAGGAUUUCAUACAUUGAAGUUGAAAGGGCAACUCAACGGUUUGACCAAUGCAACUUGCUAGGCUGUGGAGGUUACGGCUCUGUUUACUAGGGCAUCUUUGCAAAUGGGAUGGUUAGGGCAAUCAAAGUGUUUAAUUUACAGAUUGAAGGUGCAUUCAAGAGUUUUGAUUCUGAAUGCGAAGUUCUACGCAACCUUCGCCAUAGGAAUCUUACCAAAGUUAUCACCAG